CCCAGCCCUCCAAUGCAUCGUAGAUCGUACCACAAACCGCAAACGCGAAACAGAUCGAUAACCCAAACACCAUCCCCGAUGCAAGCAAACAUGGAGCCAUCCAAGCUCGCCGUCGCUCUGUUCUUCGCGUUGGCGCUCCUGGCGGCGUCGUUGCAGCCAUCGGAAGCCAUCAGGGCCCAAGGAGUCCUCAACCCCGCAGCAGAUGACCAACGAGCCAACGCCGACGUCGUACAUCCGUUGACAUGGCCCGGCUUCCCCAACAUCCCGGGCUUCCCGCCGCUGCCGCCAUUGCCGCCGCACCCCGGCUGCCCUCCCCUGCCGCCGAUUCCCGGCCUCCCGAUGCCUCAGAUCCCUGGCUUCCCGAUCCCAGCCGUCAAUCCCCUGCCCCAACCUCAAUCCCCUCCUCCCCCAACUCCAACUCCAGUUCAAAUCCCACCACCAUUGACGCCUCCCCCUGUGCUGCCAACCCCACCACCAUCGACGCCAUUGACGCCUGCCCCAGCUGCGUCAACCCCGCCACCAUCGACGCCAUUGACGCCGCCGCCGGCACCUUCUACCCCGCCUCCGCCGCCGCCGCCGCCGCCGCUCCAAUCGGGUUCUCCGAUCCCGCCGUCACCGGCGACCCCACCGCCGCCGCCGCCAUCGCCGUCGCAGCCCAAGGAGUGCCUGCCGUCGCUGAUGGGGCUUAACCCCUGCAUGGGCUACCUCACCAACACCAGCGUGUCGUCGCCUCCGGCGGAGUGCUGCGCGGGCUUCAAGUCCCUGGUGGACACGGCGCCCAUCUGCCUCUGCCACGGCCUCAACGGCGACAUCAACACGCUCAUGCCCGCGCCCAUGGACUCCAUACGCAUGAUGUCCCUCCCGGGCUCCUGCAACGUCCCGCUCCCGCUCCAGGCGCUCGCCCAGUGCUCAUCGCCAAAUGUGCCGCCGUUGAGGGCUCCUGCUCCUGCAGCACCUCCAUCUCCAAAGUCGUCUCCGUAAAAGGCAACAAGGAUGCACAUGAGUUCCUUCGUUUAUAGUCCAGUCAAGAUCCGUAAUUAGCAUUAGAUUCGAAUAUAUAUUUUAGAUCAGAUGUGAUUCAGUACUCAGUAGUCAGAGCACAUAUAUGCCUUAGAUAGGAAUGUCCUCUGUCCAUCGGUACAGAUAGGUAUAGCUAAAUUUAUCAAGUCUCUUUUCCUAUGCACUGUAUAUACGGUCGUCAAUAUAUAUUACACGGUGCUAUUGUGGAUCGA